CUUAAAUGUGGAACUAAAAAGUUCGACUAUUUCAAUACCCUUUUGGAGUGUUUCGUUGUGGAGGAUCAUAAGAAGGCUGACUUAGAAUUGGUACAGUUCAUGGAUGGUUUACACAGCAUUGUAAAGUCUCAGAUGCUUCAUCAUCUUGAGCACUCUAACAUAGAGAACACUGCUGAGGAAAAGGGCACAGAUAACGGUGUGAUAGUGGAUCCCCAGCAUAAGUAUUUCAUGGAUCAUGUGAGGCCUAAUGGAAAAUCUUAUGUACUAGAGAUCCCUGAGGAUGGUGUCUGUGUAAAGUAUGAGCCUAAAUCAUCAAGUCCUGAGAGUGCAGAUACCUACACAACAGAUUAUGAUAAGGUCAAUGUGUGCUUAGACAUAGUCAUGCAUGGGAGUUCUCUUGCAAACUCUAAGAGUCCUAAUGUUAUUAGCAAUAUUGUGAAGCGUAGGGGUAGGAAGCCAAAAGGUGCAAAACUCAGUGCUGCUAUGGAUGGCAAUGUUAAGAGAAGUGAUGUGACUUCUGAGACAGAGAAGCAUGUAAGUAAGAUGAAGGAUAAACACAGGACUGAGGUGAUGAAAAAACAAUAUAUAUCAAAAGUAUUGGUAAUUAAAGAUAGUGAUGAUGCAGCAGGUCAGAUUGUAUGUAUCCAAAAUCAUGAGUUUUUUCCUUUUUCCUUAUGCUUUUGCUUAUGAUGAUACUGUUAACUUAGUUUUUCUUAGCUGUAUAUGUUAUCUGUUGCUUCCCUGUUGAAGGUGGAACAUUGUUGGCAAGAGUAUCAUAAAGGCAAGGCAACUACACUUUUCGAAGAAAAACUCAUGGCAGAACUUAAGGCUCCUUUCUGUGAGGAAGAGUACAAGAGGCUUUUACACAUCAUUACUGUUAGAAAGCCAGUCCAACGCCACAGAGACCUGCGUGGAGGUAUCAUAAUCUAUGAUGAACCUCGUCUUGGAAAGUCUUAUCUUGAUUGUAAUCUUGAUCUUGCUAAGAGAAUAAAAGCAGCUCAUGGUGACCAUCCCAGAAUUCUGAAUCUCAUGCGUGGAUUUUUCUAUUGGUUGAAAAAUUUGUCACAUGAUGGAGCAUUCAUGCCAUGGAAAUAUUCAUCGUGGUUGGAUGUACUGCCACAACAGUUGGAAGGAUAAUUUACUUUUUCAUUUAUUUGUUUAACUAUUUUUUGGUUUGAGUGAUCCAAUUAAUUCAAACUUCAAAGAACACAGAGGCCAAGAAGGAAGCUACUUAGU